UGAAGGAAGCAUGCAAAGUGCCUUUGGAAUGAUAUAAUGUCAAAAUUCAAAAUUUUGUCUUUCAUCAGCCUUUUGGGUCUAAAUACCAGAUCUGACAGUUCUAGAGAUAAAAUAAUAAGUGUCAUUUCAACUGAUUUUGAAUUUUGACAUUAUAUCACUGUAAAGUUACUCAGCAUUAAUAAAAUUCAUACAAGUGUGCUUUUUAAUAAUUUUUAUCUGAUUACUUCAUAAAGUCUAUGAAAAAUCGUAAAGGGCAGCCAUAUGUUAACUACUAACAUACAGCUAUUUGACAUAUAACAUAGCUACGUUAACUAUUAACAUACGUAUUAUUGGCUCAAAUCGAACAUGCCUAUGUUAACAAUUAACAUAUACGUUUGCUGCAAUGUUUCUUUUCUCUCAGUGUGGAGGGACUGAAAUAUAGUAUGGGCGGGGCGGUUUUAGCAAGCGUCCAGUCAAAUUCUCGAGGUACCGACUACACCAAUAAAGGGUCGAUUUCUCGAACAGCCUGACCGGCGGUUCAAAUGUCUGGAAGCCAGUUGACUUGAAUCAGCGUUAGUAAGAGCAUAGGAGCUCGGAAGUGUUCGAGAAAGCUUGUGCUUGUGAGUUUGGUUUACAUCGAGUGUUUAAGUGACAAAGUGAGCAAAAAAAACACGAUGACGAGCGGCAAGCCUUACGUCAAAAUCAUCGAGGAGCCCACCGACCGGGAAUGCAGAUUCAGAUAUGACAGCGAAGGCAGAUUCGCGGAGCUUUUGGGAGUCAACGCCAACGAGGAUCAUAGGUCAUAUCCUACAAUCCAGAUUAUGAACUACACGGGAUCAUUUUACGUGGUAGUUUCUUGCGUCACAAAAGACGAGCCUUACAUGCCUCAUCCGCACAAUCUCAUAGGGAAGUCACGUGGAAUAUCGCAGGGCAUUUGUCACUUUCAAAUACCCGCGGGUCAGUCGAUAGUGUCGUUCGACAAUAUCGGCAUUCAGCGUGUGAAAAAGAAAGAUAUGGCCAAAUCUCUAGAGGAACGGCAGCGCUUACGAGUGGACCCUUUCAAAACUGGAUACAAACCUGAAAAAGGAGUGGAAAAAAUGGAUAUAACCGCAGUUCGACUGUGUUUUCAAGUUUUUCUAGGGAACAACGGCAAUUUCAAUAUUCCUCUCGACCCUGUGGUUUCCGUGCCGAUCUACGAUCACAAAAAAAAACUCCAAAUUGUGUGGCGAAGUCAUUUUUCAGUCCCAGUCAGCGGAGGCACUGUCGUCUGCUUACUGUGUGAGAAGGUAUCGAAAGGUGAUAUUCAAGUAUGUUUUUUUGAUGAGAAUAGUACGUGGAAAGCUAUCGCAGAAUUUAGUCCUCCAAAAUAUCACAAGCAGUACGCCCUUAUCUUUAAAACACCGAGAUACGUCGCACAGAACAUAGAUGAGCCGGUUAAAGUGUUUCUCCAGUUGAAACGACCGUCUGACGGCGAGCUCAGCUCACCUGUGCCAUUUCUAUUUAUUCCGGAAGAGUAUGCUUCGGAAGACGGCUUCAGAGUAAAACGGCAAAAGUGUCGUGAAACACCGAGGGACUUAGUCUUAAGACACAUGUCGGGCAUACCCGAGCAAAAUGUUAAUACAAAUGUCAGUAGCAACGCUUAUUCUGCUGUGAAACCCGAGCCAGCAAAGUCAGUUUAUGCUCCGAAUACAGUGGAGGAUCCAAAACCCUUUGCUUCGUACAAGCCAAUGGACAUCGCCCAGCCGCCGACGAGCAACGCUUAUAUGCCAACGAACUUCAAUUACGCACCUUACAAUAAACCGCCGCCGACGUUAAUAUUGAACCCGACGAUACAAAAUUAUAUGAUGCAGCAUAACGUUCCGGUGCAAUACACGAUGAAUCCCUGGAUGUACAACAGUACCAAUUAUGUUCGGCAGCAUCCUGGAAAUACGAACAAGCAACAAAUUCCGGAGAAUUUAAUGAUGACGUAUCCCGUAUUACGUUACAAUGCCCAUCAAAGAUAUUGGUUGGAUUUCCUGCCAUCAAAUCCGUACGAGGAGGAAGCCAUCCAAAACUAUGACAACCUACUGCAUAAAACGCUCAGCAAGAUCUUCCGCGUGCGCUGUCAAACCAGGAGCAGCAUCCAGCUGCAAGCGCUCGUUUCUUCCCCCAGGUGCAAGGAUCAAAAUGACCUGAUGACAGGACUAGUGAGACUGGAACCGGCCUUCCGUCAAAUAUUUCCAAUGGAGGGCCAGAGGCUCUCGCUGUUGUGGACCGCGAUUCUAUCGUGUUAUCAAAAAUCGGCCGAGCUGCUGGUGCAGUCGGCUGCCAACGUAAACGAGUUCCUCGGAUUCGUAUUAUUCAGUCCUAACAACUAUAUUAUCGCCGAGGGAACCAGUAUCCUCCAAUGUGUUCUCUUGAUGUAUCCCUCUCCGUGGAACGACCGAUUCUUCGUUCUGCUAACCGAACACGGAGCCGACGUGAAUGCUCGAGAUCCGAAUGGCUGGACGGCCUUGCAUACGGCGGUGAGAAAAUGUCGAGUCCAGGCGGCUAGGUUGCUUCUCGAAAGAGGAGCAGACAUCCACGCGACCGAUGCCAAGCGCGGCAUAACACCACUGCUCAUGGCAGCUUUGAGCGGCGCUCCCGUCAAAUUGCUGCAGCUGUUGCUCGAAUUCGGAGCGAACGUUGCCGACAAGAACAGAACAGGUAUGAACGCCUUGCACUACCUGGCGCUUGUCCGGCCGGAAAACGCCAUGGAGAACGUUUGCGAGCUAGCCAGGAUCUUGAUCGACAGAGGCACCUCGCUAGACGACGAAAGCUCGAUUGGCCAGUACCAGCCGUUACACGGGGCUAUCUACACGGGAAAUAUCGCAUUGGUACGGCUCUUUUUGAAGCGCGGGGCGAACGCGAACGCGCGAGUGGUGUGCGGCAUGUUUCCACUCUACCUCGCUGCCAAGCACGUCGUGAGGGGCCAUUACGACAUGAUGACAGCUUUGUUCGAAAGUGGCGCUGACAUCGCCAUGAAAUCCGACAGAGGUCGCAGUGUCUUGCAUGCCGCCUGUCUGCAACGGAACGAGACCACAAUAUGGAUACUUCUGGACAUUGACUCGGACAUGCUGUUCCUCAAGGACAAGUUCGGUAACACACCGUUCGAUCUGAUGCUCACGUCGGAUCAUACCAACGGGACGGUCCAGAUGGUGCUCAGAGCCCUGGCACUGCACACGGGCCUCUCGCUGCUGCCGUCGGCCGCCUGGAAGGACGAGCAGCGCAUCCAGCAGGAACCCGAACUGUGGGAUUAUUACCAAGCUUGCGUCGCGGAAAUCCGCAUGGCAAGGGAUGAGCCGCUCAUCGGAUAUUGGACCUAUUUGGAUCUUUUGACCAAAUGCAAUUGCCAGAUCGCAAAGCCCAUGCGGAACGAAAAAUUCGGCAAGGCAUUCAGGAGGCAUCUCAACCUUUUUCCCAACUAUAGGAAUACCAUGAAACAAACCGUCAGUUUCAUCAAGCAUCAUUACCUUCGCCCUAUGACUCAGUUUGAGGAAGACAUCCACGUGGCGUUUGAUCGUACUGUGCCUGGACUGGUUUCGAGGACAAUGGCUCAGUACGCGUGCUUCCUGAAGUGUGAGCUCACGGUUGACAGGAUGUGGAAGGCAAGGGACAUCCCGGACGGGCCAGAGGCCAAGGAGGACAAACAGCAGGUGGAUUCGCAAGCCGACUCCGGAUUCCUGUCCGGCAGUAACCUUAUGAGCUCGAGUCUAAGCAUAGAGCCGGAGAACGAGGAAAGGAACUAUGAGGAGGAGACCAAUAUAGCUCCUGAACCUGCUAAGGCUUGCGAGAGUGGAUUGGAUCUAGGACUCACUGAGAGUUUGGGUCAGCUGUCACUGAAGGAGAAUACUCUGAAUGUAUUGGACAGUGGCACCAUCGACUUGGAGUCAGAGGAAUUGGCUUCCACAGAGGUUAAGAACGAGGGACAAGAGCCAUGGGAAAUCUAUUAUACUCAAGAUGAUGAUGGUGAUACACAACUUCACAUCGCCAUUCACCAGGGAUUCAUCGAGGCAGCCUUCUUUUUGAUCAAUGCAGCACCUCAUCCUUGUUUGCUGAACAUCAUAAACGACGCUGCCCAGACAGCAUUACAUCUUGCAGUAUUAAAGAGUCAACCCAGAGUGGUGAGACGGUUGAUACUGGCUGGAGCUGAUCCCACUGUAAGGAAUUUCAAAGGAAACACGCCGCUUCAUCUUGCUUGCAAUUCUGGAGAUCUGAACUGUGCUAAAGCCCUGACCAAUCCAAUCACACCUAACGAACGAACAUGGCUGGAGCCAGGCAAGACGGUACCUUCCUUACCCCAGAACCUGGAGCAACGAAACUUCGAUGGCGAGAUGUGCAUCCACCUAGCAGCAUCCCAGGGUCACGCCGAGCUGGUCCGCCACCUGUUGCUCCUCGGCGCCGACCCCGACGCACGCGAGGGCCUGAGCGGCCGCACAGCCCUCCACCUGGCGAUCGAGAAACGCCGCCUCGAUAUCGCUUAUCUCUUGGUUCAAGAAGGCCGGCCGAAGCUGGACACCGCCACAUACGCCGGAGUCACGGCUUACCAUCUGGCCAGUUGCGUCGACGAGCGACUAGCCAAGGAGCUCAUCAGGCUCGGAGCCACUCCAUCGAUGCCUCCUGAUCUCACCAGCGACGACGACAGCGACGAGGACGACGACGAGGAUGACAGCGAGGCCUACAGGAUGACACUCGCGCGAAUUGGUUUCCCCUCUAAAGCUUCGAUGCUCACGGCUUGAGGAGGUUUCGAUAAUUGCGAUUAGCGAGGGUGAUGCGCCGUUUGGGUUAUGGCGGUUGAAGGCUUUGCUCGCACAUCACUUUGAAUUACAAUUGUAAAUAUAACCGACCUUUCAAUGUAAUUGUACAUUGAAUUGACAAACGGAUCAUAGUCGGAGCUUUGAUUAGUUAACGUUGAAAAAUGAUAUUCGCUGCGUUACGUCUGAGUCCAUAACCCAAUGGCGUGAUACUCUGCUAGUUAACGAUUAAAAUUUUUUUAUCUGUAUUCCAUCCUUCUGUUUCUUUUGCGGCUAAAUUUAUUCCGACGCAUGUAUUUUAAAGACUUGGAUUUAUCGAACAACUUAACUUUGUAUGCUUCUCCUGGUUUAAAGAAGGAAUGCGAGCGGGUGCCAAGUACGUGUACAUAAACAAGAAUAUAAUUGUUUUUAGAAUUUAGGAGAAUUGGCCGCGGUUUAGUUGCGUAGUUAUGUUAUACGUACUGUUUUAUUCUUCCGCAAGUUUUGAAGUUUACGCUCAGAACUGCCGUGAAAAUUACUUACUGUUCACUAUCUGGAUAUAAAUAUACAUUUCGUUUCUAAAUAACCAGUGAAAUAUAAAGUAUAGCGUGUGUUGUUAUUCUUCGGUUUUCCAAAACUUCGCAUAUAAGUUCGAAGCAGAUGCGUUAUUAUUUAUGUUUAUCGUGCGAACGAUCAAAAAUACGAAUCGUACAAAUCACCGUUAAUUCAAUGACUGAGCUUAAAAUAUUCGUCAUUAUUCGACAAUCCGUUAUAACCAAUUAUGUAGGUAGGUUUUUUUUUAAUUCUGAAAGUCUCUGAAGUCAUGAGUCACGUGAAUUAUAUCAAUAUAUGUAUCGUAUGCGUCAAUUCUUUGUAUACAGAAAUAAUCAAAUUUUCAUUAGGACCUGGUUCUUGUAAAUUUUCAAACCUCAAAAAGGAUGCAGCAACCGUUUCAAGUCAUGAAUCUUUUUUAUGCAGACGCUCACGUUUAGAUUGAAAUCGCUCAAAAAUGCAAAACUGACGAAUUUUCUCUUUAUAAUAAAUAUUAUAUUUAUAUAUAAAAGAUUUUAUAAGAAACUUAUAGAUUUAGUAAUAAACGUGUACAGUAACAUUAUCGGUGAAAUUUAAUCUUUUUUACCACACGUUCGCGUCGUAAAAAGUUUUAUAAAGUAAAUGAUAAUUAAAUUAGUGUGAGAGCUUGCAUUCGAUUUAAAAAAAAAGAAUGUUAUCAAUGGGAAUAUACGUUUCUCUUGCCGUAAGCCCGAAUGAAAGCUCUCUUAUGUAUUAACGGUAUAGUAUCGCGAGUGCCCGAGACCGUUUCGGGAUUAUGUAAAUAUGUGGAGCAAGGACCUCGCUGGUGUUAUUUCGAGACUUGGAGCACGACGUCGGGCGCGUGUUUCAACCCCCGACUCUCCAAGCAUCCGAACAGAAAUUUUCUUACUUCUUUUCUCUUCUUUUGCGCUGCAUGUCUAGACUCCAGGAAAAAGGGAGAGAACGACGCCCAAGUGCGGAUCGUCUCGUGAACUGAAAAUAGAAGACGAGGUCGUCGUUACCGCGGUCUUUUAGGCGAGGGCAAAGUUUCACAGCAGACGAAUCACGCGGAAGAAUUUCGGAGAUUUUAAUGACUAACUGGGCAGACAAAGUGGCACCCUUUAAAUAUACAUAUGGAUAGAAAGCAAGUUUUAGGACCUUAAUUAUAUUUUAUUAUUGCAUUUUAAAGUUUAAUCUUGACUUGGAUGUAAAAUUUCACUUUUGUUACUAGAUCUACGAGAUAUUUAGAAUUAGAAAUUCAUAUGUUUAUAUUCACUUUGCGAGUCUCAAACGUGAGAACAUGAUUUAUCAAAAAAGUAAUAGAAUCUCUUUUUCACAAAUAAUAGCGCAUUAAUUUUUUGUCGAUAUUUUAUGUUUUCAUAUUUAUCGUUUCGGGUGAAUACGGUAAUGUUAAAUAAUGCUAUCUAAAAUAUAUAUAUAUAUAACAAUCCAUAGAAUGUGGAUUAUUCUAUUCAAUAAAUCCAAUACAUUGUUAGCGCUAUAAAUAUUAAGAAUUUUGUAAAAGUUCACGUACGUCGAUUACAAAAGAUCGGUUUUUUCACACUUCACUUUUACAAUUGUUCCAUAGAAUCCGAUUACUUCAAUGUACUUUUCAGCAGAAUUAUUUUUAAUAACUGUUGUACAAUUAGGUUAACUGUGAAGUUCCGAAUACAUAUUUGAAACUGUUUUCUAUGUAGUAAACUGUAUAAAAAGAUGUUUAGGCCUAUGUCAAAAUGUACAGGAAAAUAAAUUUCAAGUGAAUAUCAAGUUCAAUCAAA